CUGGGUAUAUUGCUUUUCAAUUAAUUGACAUUAGCUACACAAACCAGCAGUUUAAAAUUUUAAAAAAUUUGUACGCUUGUAAUCUUGUAUUGUUUUGAAAGAAAAAAAUAAAAAUAUUUGUUGCGUGUUAAAAAUAUUGUAUGAAAAAUUAACGAUUUAAAAAGAUAACCCAGAUAAAAUGGAUCCAUUUGCUGAACGUAUGCUUGAAAAAGCUCGACAAAGAUGCAAGAAUUUAGGAAUCAAAACUGACUUUAAUGUUUUAAGCGAAUUUCAAGAAAUGAGUAAUUCGUUAAGUACCAACUGUGUUAAUACACCAGUGAAAACUACAUUGUCAACAAAAAGAAGUAAAUCCGGAAAUGAUACCACUAAUUCUCCUGAACCAAAUUUGGGUAAAACAUUCAUAUCAAACAAAGAAAAUCUUGGAAUUGCUAUCAAUGUUAGGUCAGACCAUCGGAUUGAAAUGGUUCAAAUUCAACUGCAAGAUGAAAAUGGUUUAGUAGAAGAAGAAACUCUGCAACCAGAAGAAGAUAAAGAAAAACCGAAAAUUCGUGACUGUUCACGAAAUCGAUUGAAACGGCUUGGUGCCCUAUAUUCAAAUUCAGACGAAAUUUCAUCACCAAUUCAUCGUACUGAGAACCAGUUUUAUGAAGAAAAAAAUGAUCAUAUUAUUAAGGAUAUGAGCAAUAAAAAAGUAACUCAUAAACUAAAUAAGCUAGCUGAACUAGCUAAAGAAAUCAACAAUUGGGAAGAUGAGGAUGUACAAAAAAGAACAAAAAACAAUUUUAAUGAUCAUAAGAUUGAGACAACGAACGAAAGGCAAAAUGAAAAUGAAGUUACAAAAAAGUUAAAGUGGGACAAUACUGUCAUGCAAAAUUUAGAAGCCCAAGGAUUUCAAAGGAAGGAGAAUAAUUCAAAUGUGUUAAGCUUUGAAUAUUUGGAAAAGAUUGACCGUAAACAAUCGAAAAAUAAUGAGAUUGAAAACACUUCCAGUGUACAAAAAGUAAUAUCAAAAAUUAACGCUGAAAGUAAAGGGAAUACAAGUUUAACAGGAUUUAAUAAACCUAAUCUUUGCAUUAAAUCAAACUACAAAGAUCCUAUUGAUCUACCAUUGAAAGAAAGAAUGAAAAUUUUUGAGCAAAAUAAAGGUGAAGCACCUGUUCCUAAAGUGCCGUUUGGUAUGAAUGUGCCCGCAAAGAAAGUAUGUGACGAAGCUGUAAAAGAACAUAAAAUGCUUAAUAUGAAAGUACCUCAAAACAAGCUCGAAUUGAAAAAUUAUGAAGCAGCUUUAAACUGUAGUAAACCUGGAAAAAUUGAAUCUGAAAUCGAACAAAAAAUAAACAAUAUUCAGAAACACAAACAUAUCCAAAUGGAGACAGAUUUAGAAAAAAACAGAGUUGAAAAUUCUAUUUCGAAAAAAAUAGUUCAGGGUAACUUAUCGACAAUUGUUUCACAGUUCGAAAACAAAAUAAUAAAUAAUGCUAAUAAUGAAGAUGAACAUCAAUCAACAAAGAUUAGUCCAAAAAGACUAUAUCCAAAUUUGAGUGAAUUUGAAAGCAAUAAUGAAACUGAAAGCGGUACUGAUGGGAAUGAAUAUUCAACAGAAAUUCUUUCCGAAGAAGAGCCCGUCAGAAAAUCUUUCCGGAAAUCAAUUGACAGUUCCAUUGAUGAUGCACGACUAUCUUUAAAUACAUCUUCUGAUAGUUUCAAUUUCGAAAAACCUCAAGUGAGGUUUGAACUACCUGAAACUAAAAGAAGUUACGUAUACAACAAAUCAAAUAAUGCUGAAAGCGAUAGUAAUAUUAGCAAUAAUUCAACAAGUAGCCAAGCAACAGAUAAUUCUGAAGAAGUUUCCGAUUAUUUAAAUGAUGCUUUUGAUGAUGAUGAAGAUAACGAGAAUGAUGACAAUUCAUCCUUAACUACCAAUACAGACUCUAUUAUAAAAGGGGGUAAUACUGGAAACACAUCUCUAAAUAAUAACAUAAAUCAAUUAAAAUCUCAAUUAAGUGUUGAAGAAUCUAAAGAAAAUAUGGUGACGUUAGUUCACACAAUAAGUUUUUAUAGAAAACAGCAAAAUAACACAUCAAAUCCAUCUACUCCAAUUAGAAAAAUAUGUAGAGAGCAGGAAAUUCGUAGAGAAAUUUCUGAAGAAUCUGAAACAAGUGAAAAUGAUGAUGGAAUUGAUUACGAUCAACGGGAGAUUGAAACACGUUUAGUUAAGGAAAAAAUGGCAAAACUUCGUGAUGAAGUAUGUAAACAGCAACAAAUCAUUGCACAAACAAGUCAAGCUUUAAACUUAUGCGCAGCCACUAUAGAAUUUUCUGGUUCUACGGAAGCUGUAGAGGGUGAAAGACAUUUAUUAGUGGCAACGCAUCGUCGCCAAGCCGCUUUAGACGAAAUACAGCGUUUACGUGUUGAAGGUGUAGUAAGACCAUCAGGUUCUCCUAAAGAAAGGGGACGGUUAACUGUAAAAGAAAUAACAAUACCUUUGAGACAAGAUUACAUUCGAAAACUGUCAAACGAUGCAAUAUCUGGUCACCAUCUCUUAUGUUUGCUAAAGUAUAAUGAAACCGUAUUAGCAACACAAACAGUCCCAACUUUGCCAGGCUUGCUUUCAGUGAAAUUUCCAGAUGUUUUAAAUUUGAAUGAAGUUUAUGCAGAUUUUCGUGUAACUCUCGAAAUUUAUGGUAUGACCGCACAACGAGAAAUAUUGCCGCAUGAAAUUAAAUAUCAUAUUAACAUUAAUAAAAACAAAAAUGCUCGAACGCCAAAAAAAAAGGGUUCAGAUUCACGUCUUGUAAUGCCGAUAGUGCAGUCUCCUGCAGGUCCAAACGUUGUUCGAACACCGGCUCUUGUACAAUACGGUUUUGCUAUAUUUUCCUUACGGGAAGUACAGAGAAAUACUUGGACAUUAACCAAAGUUUCUGGUGUAUCUCCACUUGAAGGAACUGUACACAUGAAAAUCAAUUGUGAGCUCUCAGUUUCAAUCUCAUACAAAGGUUUUUUAACUAUGUUCGAAGAUAUAUCUGGCUUUGGUGCAUGGCAUAGACGUUGGUGUUACUUAAACGGACAUAUUUUAAAUUAUUGGAAAUAUCCAGAUGAUGAAAAGAAAUGUACUCCAAUUGGUUCUAUUGAUUUAAAUAUGGCAAUAACGCAAAAAAUUACAACUGCCCCACGGGAAAUAUGUGCCAGAUUAAACACAAUUAUGUUAGAAUGCAAGACAUCUUCAAAAGAGGACGCGUUGACUAGAAAAUCUUCUUUAAUGACUGUGACGAAAAAUGAUAUGGUUGUUUUAAGAUAUUUGCUAUCAGCAGAUACAAAAGAAGAAAGGGAUGAAUGGUGUGCACAUUUGAACAAAGCUUUAAUGCUUCUAAGAGCAUGGUCUUCAAAUUAGAAUUGUAAUUAACAUGUCGGAAGAGCAUAAUUUUAAAACCAAGAAAAUAAGUUCAUAGUCUCAAUAUGAAAUAUUGUGUUAAUAAUAAAUAAAUGUGUCUAUUUUAUUUUCUAUUUUAUAAAAAGAUAAUAUUCAAAUAUAUACAUUUAUACAUACGUACUUUUGUAUAAUCUACUAAU